ACAGUCACUGGGCAGCCGUGUAACCCUCGGCCUCCUCCUCCCACUCUUCCUGGAUUCUUGAUUCCCGGACCUUGACUCGUACUUCCAGAGCGGAUUUUGUGGAUUAUUCGGGAGGGCGUUUAAUUUUUAAAUUUUUUUGCGGGAUUCGGGACUGGAGCUCCGGUUCUGAUCGAGCUCCGAGCGGCGGCGGGAAGCAGCCGCAGCAGCAUCUGUGAGCGGCCGCGACUGCUGUUGCUAGGUUCGGCUGGAGGCAGAGAAAGAGAGGGGGGCGGGGAGAAGGGGAGAGGAGGCCAGAGAAAGCAGGCGGCUGUGAACCUCUUUUCCCCUCCCUCCGCCUGUUCUCCCCCCCACCCCCGCGCCCGGGCUCUCCAGCCUCCAGCUCCCGGGCAGUGGCCCUUUAAACGCUCCGCCCUCCGGUCGGGAGGCCGCGUCCUCGGCUAUAGCCCUGAAGGGUGCCGCUCUUUUCCGCCGUCUCCUUUUCCCGCGAAGGGGUUCGGUUCUUGCCAACUCCGGACUGUUGUGCUGGGUUAGCCGGUAGGCGAGCCGGCUGAGCUUCACUGAGGACCUGGCGGCGGCUGGGUCGGGGGAAGAACAAGCAAGGGCCCGGCCAGGACGCAGGGACCCUCUCAGCCACUUCUGUUCGCUUCGCUUCUCGCCCUCCUGGGCUGCAUCCUGGGUCCGCCGAUGGAGCCGCAGCCCAGCGCCCGGAGCUGCCGGCGCGGAGCCGCCCCCGCUGCCCCUUGCGAGCUGCUGGCGGCCGAGCCUCCGAUGAAUCUGUGCAUCAACACCACCACGGGCGCCCGCUAUGAGCUCUCAGUGCCCGGCGAGGAGACGGUGGAAGGGCUCCGCAGGCGCCUGUCUCAGCGCCUGAAGGUGCCCAAGGAGCGGCUGGCGCUGCUCUACAAGGAGACACGCCUCAGUUCUGGGAAGCUCCAGGAUCUCGGUGUGGGGGAUGGCAGCAAGGUGACGCUCGUCCCCACCGUGGAAGCCGGCCUCAUGUCCCAGGCCUCUCGGCCCGAGCAGUCCGUAAUGCAGGCACUUGAAAGCUUAACCGAAACUCAGGUCAGCGAUUUCCUCUCGGGCCGUUCCCCGCUCACCUUGGCCCUCCGAGUAGGUGACCACAUGAUGUUUGUGCAGCUACAACUGGCUGCCCAGCAGGCAGCUGCAGGUUCCCAGCUCCAGCAUCGACAACACCUCGUCGCAGGGCGUGGGGAUCCGGGGGCCACAACCAGCAACCCUUCACCCUGCCGAUCAUCCAGCCUCACCGCUGCCACCACUGCCCGAGUCCCCGUGCCUGCCUGCCCGCCCAGCCCCUCCACCACCUCCAGCACACCCGCCUACUUCAGCCCUGUCCACCCCUCACCCGUCACGGCCGGUGUGUUCCGGUCCCAUGGCACCAGCACACAAACGGUUAACAGCGGCACAGUCUCCUCCUGUUCUGAGGUGGAUUGUGCCUCUCACAGCAGCAGCACCAGCCCUUCCUCUUCCUCCUCCUCCUCCUCGUCCUCCUCUUCCUCGGGUUCCAGCUCCCCACCCAGCAGCAGUCCAGCCCCCAGCACACGCUCCCGGAAACCUGGUGCCGUCAUAGAGAGCUUCGUGAACCAUGCUCCAGGAGUCUUCUCAGGGACCUUCUCUGGCACGUUGCAUCCAAACUGCCAGGACAGCAGUGGCCGCCCUCGGCGGGACAUUGGCACCAUCCUGCAGAUCCUCAAUGACCUCCUGAGUGCCACACGGCACUACCAGGGAAUGCCCCAGUCCUUGGCCCAGCUCCGAUGUCAGACCCAGUGCUCACCCUCCCCCGAGCUCACCACCAAAGCUACCUCUUGUGAGAAGCUGACGUCCCCACUGCACUCUGUGGUCCAGAGCCAGAUCCGGAUGUGCAAGCCCAGCGGGGACCGCCUACGGCAGACGGAGAACCGGGCCACUCGGUGUAAGGUGGAGCGUCUUCAGCUGCUCCUGCAGCAGAAACGCCUUCGGCGGAAGGCCCGGCGGGAUGCCCGAGGCCCCUACCACUGGCUUUCCGGCCGCAAGGCAGGCCGGGCAACCAGCAGCAGCAGCAGUGGCAGCAGCAGCAGUGGGGCCAGCGAUGCUGGAGGCCUAGACCUCGAUUUUGAGGACUCACUCUGGAAGCCUGAGGUCAAGGCAGAUCUCAAGUCAGAGUUUGUGGUGGCCUAGGGUCUGCCCCAGCGGCAUUCUCCUCCCGGCCCCAGGUCCGGACAGAGGGCUGGCUCUGUCCACCUAUCCCACCUGUCUUUGCCCCUGGCCCCCAGUAGUGUCCCCUUAAUUUCUCAGGGGCAAAGGGGGUGGGGUUGGCAGGCCGGAGGGCCAAGGGUUGUGACCCUCGGUCUGAGGCCUGGUCUCAGCAUCCAGCCUCACCCCUCUCUCCCCAACAGACUGGCUGGUCCUUCUGGCUGGCCUCCUCCCUCUCUUUCCUCUUUUCCCCUUUUGCCCCCCUGCCCUGGGGCUGCCCCUUCCCCUCUUUCCCUCCCUCCACAUAUGUAGCAUUGUGCCAGAUGGUUUGAGUGAGCUAAACAGACUCCACCAGCAGCCCACCCCUGCCUGCCCCAACCCCCGCCCCCACCCCCACCCUUCACCCCAUUCAGGUCUAAGUAGACGAUACCUAAUUGAACAGACUCAUAGUGCACUUUACAGAUUUGGGGAGGGGGUGGGGGGGAUGCUUUCUCCCCAGAACUCCAGCCUCCACUCCAGGCCAGUGCCGCAGACAAGGUUUAAACCAAAUCAAACCAAAAAACCCACCGCACGCUGGCCAAGGCAUCUAGGGCCCCCCAAAUUUGGGUCAUUUCAGGAUCCCUAGGUGUCCUGCCGUGGGGUUGGGAUUUUUGGUUUGUUUUGGUUUUUGAAGCCCUUAGCUGGAGAUUCUGGCCCUUGGGACUGACUCCCUUCUGGGGGAGAUUUUUUAGUUCUCUCUACCCGUCCCCAUCCCCUUUAUACCUCCUGCUCCUCCAGGGUACUGCCCUGGGUAGGUGGGUGGGGUGGGGCUAGAGUUGGGUCUUCCUUCCACUCCUCCCAGGGGGAAAGGACAGGAAUGGAGGCUGGAGGUGUCUCUUCCCACCCACCUCAGCCUUUCUCCCAUGUGCCACCUGCCUUGACCCUUCUCCCUGCCCUGACUCCACUUCCCCUCCCUGUUUUCUGACCCCCCUGCCUGGGCUGGGGUAUUUAUAGAGUAAAUUGACUGUCUGACUGAGCCAGUUUCAGAUCUGAGCCUCUCCUCAGGCCCUGGGAGAGAAAGGAGUGGGGAGGAAGGAGUGCUGUCUGUCCCCUCCUCCUCUUGCUCACCUGAUCUGUGUUUGGGGGGAGCUUGCUAUUUGCCCCUCCCCCUGGGGGGGCAGGGGGACCAGCUACCCAUGGGAGGAGGUGGCCUGGGGAGAAACCCCCCUCACCCAGCCCAAGUUGGGGAGGGGCAUGGCCUUGUAGCAUUAACCCCAUUUGGGGGAGGGGACAGGCCCCUCCUGGCCUUGCCCCACCUUUGCCCCCCCACCCUCUGUUUCUUCCCAGCCUGGCCAGCCCCCGAGGGCCCAUUCAGAGCCCUCUCCCUCUUGAGCUCGCUGCUGCCGCCCUAGUGGCCACAUCCCCUGCUGGGGGACAAAUAGAUGCCAGGGCUGGGGGCAUGGGGAUGGGGUAGGAGACUUCUCUCCCCCCCCCCAGUCUCCCUCCCCACGGGGCCAUUUCAAUGGAUUUUAUUUUAUUAAAUCACUUGUUUCUUUUUUACGGAGAUGGACUGAGCUGUCUGGGCCCUGCCCCCUUCUGUCCUUCCCUGCGUACCCUGCCCCCCCAUCUGUGUCCCAUCCCCCUCCCUUCCUUCUCUGCCCCUUAUCCUCCCAUCAGUAGGGAAAGCCAGGACCUCACUGAUCGUUACCCUGCCUUCCUCCCAGCCUAGAGACCCCUCCCCUUCCCUUGGUCUUGUGACUACACCUCAUGUCCACAUGUGAGCAUCCGUGUGUUCCUGUAGUUUUGUAAUUAUUUUUUUGGGGGUGGGGUGGGGGGCACUCGAGGCUUAAUAUUUUUCCAAAGGGAGAAAAAGUCAAAACUCGAGCUUUGUGGGGUGUUUUUUCUUUUUUUUAAGAUUUGGAUUUCUAUUUAAAUGUCCGGCGUUCGUUUUGUUUUGUUUUUGUUUGAAUUCCUUUGAUGCCUGCUUCACAAACCUCCCCUGUCCUGGCAAGGUGUACCUGGAGGGGGGGAUGGGAGCAGGCACACACCAUGCCACAGUCCCUUGCCCAUGAGGGCUGGGGGCUCACGAGCAGAGCAUUAUUUCCCAGUGUUCCCUGGUGGGUUUGGGCAGAGCCUUUGGCCCCCCAACCGUCCUUCCCUCACCCCUGCACUCCCUUUGUCCAUGUUACCUAUGUGAAAACCAGACAGUGAGAGGAGAAAACUACCCACCAUGAUUUUAAGAUAAUAAACAGACCAUGAAACACAA